UGUCUCCAAUUUUCUAUUCGAUGUCUCCAAAAGGGGGAGCACUGACACUCUUUUUUUGACUUCCACCGAUCCAGCAAACAUCCCAGAUGCAAAAUGUCGGUCAAAGCCGCCACCGGCGCAAUGUUAAUCAUCGUCUCCACUUUUAACACUUUUUGCAGCCAAAGUGGAUCAGCACCGAGUCUGAACCGAAGAUUCCAUUCCGUUCGCACACUCUGCCGGACCAUUAGCCGAAUACCUCAGAUUCAGGCACUGGAAGUUUCCGCCCGGAGACGAAUUCGACCGAGUUCGCGCCAAAUUCGGAGACUUUCUGGACUGCGCGUACAAGCAGUCAGCAUGUUGCUGCGCGGUGAUCAGCGGCCUGGGCAAGCUUCACUGAUUGAUUCUUCAGCGGACUGUCCCAGGGGCUUGUCUUGAAAAAUUUCAAGUUCAGGGUUUCUAAUCCAAGGGCAUAAGUUGCCGGGAUAUUAGAAAUCAAUUUGCAGAUGUUUUGUCUUUGUAAACUGCUCUACACAUA